GAACCUAUUGAAAAUAUUACUUCAUCAGUUCCACCACCUCAUCCUCAUCCACACAACACUCCGCUCCGUUUCUCUCUUCACUCCUCUUUCCCCACACACAACACACUUAGAUCUCUCAACUCAGAUCUCUCUCUGCUUCCAUUAAUUUCACAAUGGUCACUCUCUUCGACUCCCUCGCCGUCGUGCGUCUCCCCACCGCCGCCUUCUCCCCGGCUGCCACCAGCCGGACCUCCGUUUUGCUCCCGCACUGCGCCGGCCUCAGGCUCAGACCCGCCGCCGCCACGCGCUUAGUUGCGUCCCCCGCUCGCAGAAUCGCUUCACGCGCCGCGCGCGUCGUAUGUGAGGCUCAGGAUACCGCCGUCGAAGUGGCUCCUAUUACUGAUGCAAAUUGGCAAUCCCUUGUCCUUGAAUCUGAAUCUGCUGUUUUGGUUGAAUUCUGGGCGCCAUGGUGUGGUCCCUGCCGAAUGAUUCACCCUAUAAUAGAUGAACUGGCAAAGCAAUAUGCUGGGAAGCUCAAGUGUUACAAACUCAACACGGAUGAGAGCCCUUCAACCGCUACUCGGUAUGGAAUUCGAAGCAUCCCUACUGUUAUGAUCUUCAAGAAUGGUGAGAAGAAAGAUACAGUUAUUGGUGCUGUGCCCAAGUCAACAUUGACUGCGAGCAUAGAAAAAUUCGUAUGAGGUGGUAAGUAAAGAAGGCCUUUGCUGGAAGUAAAGCUGUUUUUUCCCCAUUAGCUUCUUUUCUUCUAAGCCCCAUGUCUCAAGUUUCGAUAAUUUGUUUACUCAAAUGCUCAUUUAUGCUCCUGUACAGUUAUUGGAUGCUACCUAAUUUUAUGUUUUUAGAUUAUUCGAGUUACCAAUAUACUAAGUGAAUUUGCUAUUGAAUCAUAGCACGUUUUAAAUUCAUUUUACAUAUUUUGUA